UUAACCGACCGGCGAUAGCUAAACUGCUGAAGUGCCCUUGCUUCAAACGCUUAACCGACCGGCGAUAGCUAAACUGCUGAAGUGCCCUUGCUUUCACACAGACACACCCACAGACACAUAAAGAAGGAAGAAAAAGGUUACGUUUUGUUUCCUCGCGGCUACCAGUCAAAUUGAAAGGAUGCUUGGGGUUCACAUGAAGGCGAGGAACUGUAUCUGCUGCGCGUGUCCAGACUUCUCCCUUACCUUCUUAAUUGGAGUGAAGAGCUCCCCAGUUUGCAGUCCAAGGAUUGAUGCUUACAAAGAUCGAACUGAUGAUCCAACUUUGCCGACCGGCCAGACCAACCAGCGGCACUCUGCAGCCUUGGCUCCAUCGAUGAAAUGCCAUUUCUGAAAGAACAUCGCGGCCUUUCCUUGAUUGCAUCCGAAAGUUUGAGACUUUUCGUCUUUCCGUUAAUAUCGACCAGCUCUUUGACUUUCAGAAACACCGGCCGAAUCAUUCAAUUCUUCAAGUUGGUGAGCUGCCUCUUCCCAGCGGCAGUGGCGCCAUUAAAGGCCGUUGGUCCUUAAAUUCGCGAUUCAUCAUUGGUUCCUGGUCAACUCUAUUAAUGAGGCUGCUGGAUGAGGCUACCGUUGUGUCUGUGCUCAAAAGCAGAAGGCAAAGCCAUAUGAAAAGCAAUGUCCGUGAUCUUCAAUUUCGUCGCCGGUUCUUGCCCCUGCUGUUGCUUCUCUCCCCGAUUGGUAAGGGUCAAAAGAAAAGGAGUGGGGAACUGAAGGAGAUGAUGGCACCAGCGUUCUUCCCUUGUAUGUUCUUCUUUCUCUCGUCUUUCUUUGCUCUGCGUUGCUUUGGUGGACCCAUUUUCACAGAGUUUAUCCGGCCGAAUUUCACUGCUACCAACCUUGGAUUCGUUGACAACAAUGAUGUUUUCCUGGCUUUCAAAUCUAACAUCUUCCGAGCUUCCAUCUGCAACCCUGCUGGUAAUGGUUUUUCUUACUAAGACAACUCAUGAGCAGCCAAAAGUUUGUCUGCUGAAUUAUGUAAUCCAAAAUAAAGGGGAUCCAGCAAACCAAAGUAAAAAAGGGAGCAGAAGAAGGAGGUAAAAGCCCUUUUAUAUUGUGUUGUC